AUAUUAUCAGCAGCGACAAGCAGCAAGAAACAGAUGAUCACAAUGACCUGCACGGUAUGUGACAUCUCGACAAACAGUGAGAAGGGCAUGCAAGACCACCUCAACGGGAAGGUGCACAAGAGGAAGGCGACAGCCCUUGUGGAGCUGCCAAAGCCAAUGACAGAACCAGAGCCAGAGACAGGGGAGGAGGUGUUGGUGCCAUCGGGUGACUACACGCCGACUAAGCUCACCAUGCUAACGAAUGCGGGAGCGAUGAAUGAGGUGAUGCAGAUGGACGGGUACCUUCUCUGCGAGGUGUGCAACGUGAGGACGGCAGACCGUGUCACCAUGAUGUGCCACCUUGAGGGGAGCAAACACAUCUCCAAGAGCCAGAGGUAUGGCCAAGCCUCCAGCAAACCACCGGAUGAGGCUGCAAAGAAGGUCGUGAAAGGCGUGUCUGUGCCAGAAGCUCCCACAACUGCUGUUGGCAGCGCUGAUCCUGAAACGCUGGUUCUGGAGUUGCACGGUGUGCCACACACCGUGCGGCGCUUGAAAGGCUUCCUGCUGUGCGAGCUGUGCAACGUGAAGACCCCGUCGAUGAAUGGCAUGCAGAAUCAUCUGUCGGGGAAGAAGCACAAGAAUAAGGCGAACGCUAGCUCUGAUGUCUCUGCCAACGUCAUCACAGGUGGAGAGGAAGCACCCAAAGCACAACCGAUGGAAACAGACACAGCUGUUGUCGCUGGCAUGUCGGUUCAGGUGGAAGUGCCAUUGGCAAUGUCCUCGGAAGCAAAGGUUGGUGAUUACAAUGAGCUGCAAGAAACAACUAUGGCUUCCACAAAAGAAUACGUCAUCACUGUGGACAGUACCAAGACUCAUGGAAAAAAAGUGAUAAAGGCCAGUGGAAGUACUGCUGCAGCUCAAGACGAUAAUUUCUGUGAUCCUGACUCGCUGACCAUGGAAGUAGAUAGUUUGCAGCAUCCUCUACAGCGGGUGGAUGGCUUCCUCGUCUGCCCUUGCUGCAAUGUUAGGACACCAUCUGAGAUCAUCAUGCGGUCUCACCUUGCCGGGAAGAAGCACAGGCGCAAUAGGACACUCGCUGCAGGAGUAAACAAGGACGCCUCUGUCCUUGCCGAAGGGGCUGAUGAGGUGCAAGGCAACAGUUCUAAGUUUAUGAGAGCCAACGUAGAUGUCGAAUCAGCAACAUCACCACCUGUGACACGAGAAAAAAACGAUGCCACCACGGCGCCCAUGGAAGUUGAUAGAUUGGCAGAGGAUAAACCUAAUACUUGCAUUGAACAUGAAGAGCAUGGACAGAUUACUCCGGCGGAAAGCAAGAGUUCAAAGUCAGUGAAAGCUGAUGAAGAGGGAGAAUCAGUGCUGUCAUUGACAGCUCCACAAGUGAAAAACGCUACGGCCAUGGCACCCAUGGAAGUAGAUGGGACGGCAGAGGUUGAACCUGCUAUACACAUGGAUCCUGAGGUGAAUGGCGGGAUUGAUGAAGAGGUAGAAUCAGCACCACAAGCGGAAAAUGUUGCUGCCAUGGCUCCCAUAGAAGGAGAUGGACCUGCAAAGGUUCAACCUGCUACUCGCAUUGAACCUGCAGAGGAUGGAGAGCUUACUCACCCAACUGAUCAAGGAGAGCACGCAUCUGCCCGAGCCAACGGCUCUGUGACCCAAGUGGAGGAAUCCAUGAAGGCCGACACUGCUGCGCCUGGCAAACCAAUGAAGAUCCAGGUGGAGGGCAUGGUGUUCACCGUGCUGCAGCAGGAGAAUGGCGGGCUCUCGUGCGAGACCUGUGGUGUGCACGGCUGCAACAAGGACAGCAUGAUUCUGCACCUCUACACCAGGACGCACUGGGACAGAGCCAAUCUUCCAGAGAAGGAGAAACAGUAAGAGGCUGCGGCCGCGGCAUGUGGUGGUGGCCGCGACAUCGGGCACAGCGCAGCUGAAGAGGGCUCAGGUGGAGCACUGACGACUACAGUGGUGUGCGAUCAUGUCUGAGAUUAAAUUAUCUGGACCUCGCACAUAGACUGGUACUAUUUCUUGAGACACCACCCCUAUGGCCAGAUAUAAUGGUUACCAGCACUGCACCGGCGACUUGGAACGGGCAAAAUUUCCCUAUUCAUUCGUACACAGUCAUAGUUCACCCCUUUGCUUUUGGUUUUUUGUUAUAUUUCUUGUUUGAUAUACUCAGACAUUUCGGGCAAUAGCAUUUUCUGGGAAUCAUUGAUUUGCCAAUUAUUUUCUAUUACAGUAUAUCCAUAAAAAUGGACAUCCACCUGGGAUCUGG